GAAAGCGCAUUGCUCUUCUCCUGCCUUCGUUGCUUCGCUAAUUCCUCUCGAGUCUUGAGAAAUCUCGGAUCAGAUUCGAAAAGAAGGACUCCGACAUCUCGCCGUGAUCCCAUCCGGUGAAGAUCUUGAGCCCCUGCAGGAAGAUGAAGAGAAAGAGGGACUCGGCUGACGCAGCGACGAUGUCUGCUUUUGCCGAUGAUGGCGAUUCUUCCUCGGGGGCCGAAUUCGAGGUGUUCUUGAGUUUCAGAGGCCCCGACACGCGCCUCAACUUCACCGAUUCCCUCUAUCACUCCCUCGUUAAAGCUGGGAUUCGCGUUUUUAGAGACAACGAAGAGAUCCGACAGGGCGAAAAGAUUGGAGACGAGCUUUUGCAUGCCAUCAAAUCCUCCAAAAUAUAUCUGCCCAUCUUCUCUAGGGACUACGCAUCCAGCAUGUCUGGUGUCUUCGCGAGCUCGCGCACAUGGUGGAGUGCUCGAGCAAAGCGGAAGAUAAAAUGAUCCUACCCAUUUUCUACGAUGUGGAUCCUGAUGAUGUGAAGCUCAAAACUCGACUGUACCUCGAUGCUCUGGAGAGGCACGAGGAGAAGUUCGACCACGAUGUUCCGCAAUGGAAGGAGGCUCUGACCGAGGUCGCAAGAAUCAGGGGAUUGGCCUUGAAGGACAAAGGCCAUGGUGAAAUCAUCAACACUAUUGUUGACGAGGUUUUGAUCAAGCUGACGAAAAGAAGGAGAAAUCUGCCCGAACAUUUACUUGGGAUCGAUGAUCAAGUGGAAGCUAUCAUGGAUUUGUUAAAUGAAGGGUCUCAGGAUGUUCGUUAUGUGGUCAUCCAUGGAAUGGGCGGCAUCGGCAAGACUACUCUUGCAAGCGCCGUCUUUAAUCGAAUCUUCAAUAAAUUUGAAGGCUAUAGCUUUCUCUCGGAUGUUCGCGAAUCCGCGCAGCAUGGUAGAAUUAUUGACUUGCAAAAACAAUUGUUGUUGGACAUUUUGGGCACAUCUAUUGAGAUCCACAAUUCUGUUGAUGUAGGGAUCAACAUAAUUAGUGAAAGGUUUCGUGAUAAAAAGGUUCUAGUUGUUCUUGAUGAUGUGGAUCGGAGGGACCAACUCUCUAAACUAGCCGGAAAGAGCGAUUGGUUUGGUCUAGGGAGCAAAAUUAUCAUUACAACGAGGGACAUCAACUUUUUGCCAAUCAAAGAGGAGGGCGAAGAGAGUAGUUGGAACCAAGGACGAUCAAAAGAGUUUAAAAUUUAUGAAAUGGCAGAAAUGGAUUCUUCCUAUGCUCUUAAGCUUUUUAGCCAACAUGCCUUAGGGAUGGAUUCCCCACCACCUCAAUAUGAAGAUAUCUCACUGAAAAUUACCAAGAAAACAGGUGGACUUCCAUUAGCACUCGAGGUUGUUGGCUCCUCACUUUUCGGCAAAAACAGAACUAUUUGGAAAGACACGUUGAAGAAACUAGAUUUAAUGCCCAAGCAGGAAGUGUUCGGAAAAUUAAAGAUUAGUUUUGACAUGUUAGAUCAUGCUCAACGAGAGAAAUAUUUCUUGACGUCGCAUGUUACUUCAUUGGAAAAGAGAUAUUCCAUCCGUACUAUAAGUGGAAAGCUUCGGGCUAUUUCCCAAAAGAGUGAAGUACUCGUCCUUACCCGCAUGUCUUUGAUAAAGAUAAUAGAAACUAAUAAAUUGUGGAUGCACGAUCAACUUCGAGAUCUCGGAAGAGAAAUUGUUCGACGUGAAGAUAUUGAUGUUCUAGGGAAGCGUAGCAGGUUGUGGUUACCAAAGGUUGCCUUGGACGUGGUUCGAAUGAAAGAGGGGACGGACAACGUGGUGGCACUCAGACUCACGGGAGGAUCCAAACUGUACAACUUCACCAGUGACGAAUUUUCAAAGCUGCCCAAUCUACGAUUCUUGGAAUUGGAGGGCGGGAACUUGGUAGGGGACUUUAAGAACUGUCUCUCCAAGUUAACAUGGCUCUCUUGGAGUAAUUGUCCUUCGGAGUUAAAUGCGACGAAUUUAUAUCUCGAGAAACUAGCCGUGCUCGAGCUUUCAGGAAGUGACAUUACUGAAGAUUGGGCCGGAUGGAAGCAAUUCCUGGUGAGCGAGAACUUGAAAGUUAUACACAUCGCUGAUUGCCCAAGCUUAGAAAGGACUCCUGACUUCUCGAAAUGCCAGAAUUUGAAAAGAUUGGUUCUUCGUGGUUGUUCAACCUCGCUAGUGGUUGGUGGCUCUCUCUCUAAACUAGAGCACCUGAAGCACUUAACAAUCAUAGGGGCGUCUUGGCUGGGGAGCAACCAUGGAGACCUUUUCAGGACGCUUUUGCUGGGGAGCGACCAUAGCGACCUUUUCGCAAAAUAG